GGUGCUCGUCAUGGAGGACCUGUCCGUGUACGGCUUCCGCAACAAGGAACGCCAGGGGCAGCUGGACAUCGUGCACUGCAAGCGAGCGCUGGAGCUGCUGGCGCGGUACCACGCGCUGUCCGUGGCCCUGCACCGCGAGGACCCCUCCGCCGUGGAGGACUACAGCGAGCCCAUGUUCGUGCGCGGGAAGAACGCCCAGGACGAGGAGCACGCCCGGCUUCACAGCGAGGCGCAGCUCAAGAAGUUCGGCGACCAGGCAGAGACCUGGGAGGGGACGAAAGGCAAGGGUUACGGGGAAAAGAUGGCCAGCCUCUCCAAGGUGAUGUACCACAAGAUGUGCGACGUGGUCGCCCCCAGCGCCACGGGGAUCAACGUCUUGAACCAUGGCGACUACUGGAUCAACAACAUGAUGUUCACGUACGACGCCGACGACGUGGACUCGGCCGCCCCGCGGGACAUCCGCAUCAUCGACCUGCAGCUCGUCAGGUUCUCUUCGCCCGCCUUGGACCUGCAGUACUUCAUCACGACGAGCGUGAAGCAGGAGGUGCGCGAGGAGCAGCUGGACGUGCUGCUGCAGACCUACUGCGACUACUUCAACGAGUACGUGUCUGCGCUGGGGCUGGGCGACGUGAGCUGGACGCUGGGCGGGCUGCGAGACGAGUUCCUCUCCAAGUCCCUGUUCGGGUUCAGCGCCGUGUACACGGUGCUGUGCGCCGUGGUGGCGGACCCGGAGGACCGCCUGCAGCUCGACAACGUCACCAAGGAGAACAUGCACGAGGCCGACUUUACCUCCAAGGCCUGGGCGGGGAAGAACUUCCAGCGCAUCAUACCCGGCACGCUCGAGUUCUUUGCGAGAGACGUGCUGAGCUAAUCAGCGGGCGCAUCCUACGGCUAUUCGUCGCAAAUGGUGUGGGUCAUUCACAGUCUUUGUUGUGGGGGAAACGAAGAGCCACACACACAUGGAAAGCGCGUAAAAAUGUACAAAGAAGGUGACAUACUAGUGACGUGUAUUAAGCUCAUCAAUGAAUGUAACACGUGUCCAAUGUGUAACCUUUUUAGCGCAUUUCUACGCGCAUUGAUUCGUUGGUGCUCCCGAGGAACUCUUGGCCGAACUUGGUAAUACUGCAGGCAGUAAAACAAGAGUACAACCAAAGUUAUUUUCCACCGACACAUUACCUGGUCGCCGCCAUCAAGCAGUACCGGGACGGGGCGGACGCUGCAGUAUUGGCGCCGUACGAGAGGAUAGAGUUAGGCAAAGCCGCAUCCCUGCAGCGUCCGCUAGGUAGGGCUGUGCGAUACAACGAUAUUUUGAUAUCGAUACGAUAUUGUCCGAUAUCGAGGUUGCUCGAUACUACGAUUUAUUGCGAUAUAUCGACCAUUUUCAAACAUAUCGUUUCUCCGUAUGGUUCGAUAUUGCGAUAACUAGAUAUUAUCGAGACUCGAUGCAUCGAGUCGAUGUCAAUACGUGGUCAAUAUCGUAUGGCGAUAUCAAAAUCUGGAAAUCGCAUGGCCCUACUGCUCGGUGAACACAAAACCUUUAUGCAUGAUGUUGUGCAAAAUGCUUGCAGGACUUUGUGCAGCUAGUCGAGCACCAUGACCACUAUGCACACAUUUGUGCAUUGUUAUGUUCUGCGUGAUUAUGUACAACCUAAUCCAUGAGGUUUUUAGAGUGUAACUUACCCACCCCACCAGAAGCCCCAGGAGGGCACACUUCAAAGAGAUGCGGCCUUCUCAUGGCAUGAACCUCUUUUAUUUUACUUCUAUUCAGGCGCGGUAUAAGGACCGGCUGGACCGGCUGACAGGGGGAGCGAUGCACCGUGGGUUGCCUACAUACAGGGGUUUUGGUGGCACAAAUUGCCCACCUUUCAGGCGCCUCACUAGAGCCCCCCCCCCCUUAUAGCGCGCCUGCUUCUUUUCCAGUAUUACUACUAGUAGGUACUCCUUUGUCCUGAAACAACUACAAUCGCCGAAAGAAAUAACUGACUAAAACUUGAUUAAGCUAGUGAUGGUGAAUUGUGCUCAAAGAAGGGAGAGGCUUUAAAUCCGAUUGUAGAGUGUUGUGAAUGUGAAAAUACGAGGUGACUGUUAUACUGUGCCGCGAACAUUUGUUGAGGUUUGCCCAUUCACUCGCACAAUUAAAACCUUUGAGAAGAAUUUGGCAGGUUUGAAAUUGUGAAAAUAAACCUUUAUUCCACAAUACAACCAUUUGGUUUGUUUUGUAAACUGUAUUUAGUGUAUGCUUGGCGAAGCAUUUAAACUGUUUGUAAUUUCAAGCAAAAGUUCAGAAUAACGGCUUCGCUAGGGCCAUAAGACGGAAACGAUAGCAAAUCUGCAUGCAAAUCUGUUAAUGUUGUACAAAGAUUGUUGUUUUGUCUGCAAAUCUUUGAGAAUGUAUAAAGAUAGUAUGUCUUUCUAUGUGAUAGUAGAUCCUUAGUUACUUUAAGUAAAUUCAAUAUUUAAAAACAAACAACAUUAUAAUUUUAGUUAUUUUUUGAGAUUAUUAAGAGAAUAAACGUUACCUGAAACUUU